GGAAAAUGGGUACCAGAUUAAAAGAAUCGAACUUUGGGGGCCAAUCUGUAAAUCAAGUAUCUAAGAAGCCUUACCGUUUCCUCAUCGGGCAAGCACUCUGCGACCUCUCCAUUCAUCCAUACGUGCGAGGAACGAAGACGACGAGAUGGCAACCCCAGAGACGUCACGUGAACCCUGCCCCGACCGUAUCCUCGACGACAUUGGCGGCGCCUUUGGCAUGGGUGCAGUAGGCGGAGCCGCCUUCCACUUCUUGAAAGGCACUUACCACUCUCCAAAAAACGAACGUCUCAUUGGUGGCUCUCAAGCGGUUCGUAUGAACGCCCCUCGCGUUGGCGGCAGUUUCGCCGUCUGGGGCGGCUUGUUCUCCACUUUUGAUUGCACGAUGGUUUACCUCCGCCAGAAAGAAGAUCCAUGGAACUCCAUCAUCGCCGGAGCCGCCACCGGCGGCUUCCUACAAAUGCGCCAGGGACUCGGUGCUGCCUCCCGGUCAGCCGCCUUUGGAGGGAUUUUGCUUGCGAUGAUUGAAGGAGCCGGGAUCAUGUUGAAUAAGCUCAUGAGUGCGCCCCAGAAUUUUCCGGCGAUGGAGGAGGCUCCGGCGAGUAUGGCGGGGCUAGGCGGGAUUCCGGCGGGUGUUGGCGGGAUUCCGGCGAUGGAGGCGGCUUCAGAUUCUUCUUCUUCUUCUUCCUCGUCGUCGUGGUUUGGCGGGAUGUUUGGUGGUGGAAAGCCGCCGGAGACGGCGGCAGGUGGCGGUGGCGCGAAGACGCAGGUUUUGGAGAGCUUUGAUGCUCCAAGUCCACCUUCAUUUGAAUACAAAUGAAAAACGGUGGUUAUUUUGUUGUAUUUUUUUUUGUGGUUGAACAAGUUUAGUUCAUAGGGUUUAAUGUUGUAUGUUUUUUACUUAAUGGAUUUAAUAGGGACACAAUAUAAAACAAUAAGUUAUAUAUUAGUGUUGUUGUAAGGGUUAAAUGCAUGAAUAACAAUGUAUUUCCUUUGGUUUGUUUAUUAUACGAUGCUACUAUAGCAAUAUAGGUUGAAAAUUCUA